AUGCCUGCUGACAUCGUGGAGAAAACGUCCUCUUCUCCUGUUGCCGCAACCCCAGCCAAUUUGAGCACAACUCCCGAGAAACCCAAGACAGCUUCGGAGCACAGAAAGUCGUCAAAACCUAUUAUGGAGAAGAGAAGACGCGCGCGUAUCAACGAAAGUUUAUGUCAGUUGAAGAUUCUCAUAUUGGAUGCCCUGAAGAAAGAUACCUCGAGACAUUCUAAACUUGAAAAAGCAGAUAUUCUUGAGAUGACAGUUAAACAUCUCAGAAGUUUGCAGCGCAUGCGGAUGAAUGGUGCGUCAAAUACGGACCUCACAGCGCUUGGCAAAUACAGUGCCGGAUUCAGCGAAUGCAUGAAUGAAGUCACUCGAUUUUUGUCGACCUGUGAAGAGGUUAACGCUGAAGUCAGGACUCGGCUACUCGCACAUUUGACCGCAUAUGUCUCGCAAAUGAACGCCCUAAAUUAUUCAACUCACCAACACAUGGUCGCGUGCGCUCCACAACCGCUAUUCGCACAACCUGUGGUACACGUUUCUUGUCCUUCACAGCAACUAAAUAAUGUGUCUCGCAAAAUUGGCUCCCUACCAGCCGCCUCGAAACUGUACAGUGGUUUGCAGAUUGUCUCGGCCUGUGAUGGAAGUUUUGCUUUCUUAAUUCCUAGUCCAGCGAUUGUAAACCUCAGCGCGCAACGAAACCAGCCACUUUCAGUCGACGUGUCUCCGGGCGCACAAAUAGGGGCUCUUGAUUCUGUUUGGAGACCAUGGUGA